AACGCCCAAAUUUUCCCGGCAACCAAACAGACGUUAACGGCCAAGCUUGCAGCCACCAGAACGGACAUCAAGGUGAUUAACUCUGAAAAAGUAGCCCCGAGUUUCAGAAUCACUCUUCCUUAUGUCCAAAGCUGAGAAAAUAGGCAAACAAGUUUUAUCUCCCACUCCAAGAAAAAGCAGUCUGUGCUUUGCCUACCUUAAAAUGUCAAUCAUGAGUAAUGAGGUAGAUGAAGGUGAAGAUGGAGAGGAAGAUGAUGCUGAUAGCAAAUCUGAUGAGAUUUUGAUGUCAGAUCAAUGAUCUACCAAAAAUGUGUGUUGAUUCCAGCCAUCUGAAGCUGAGGAACACUUCAACCAUGACAGAUUGAGAGUCAGUGGUGCUCUCUGGAGGGUACAGAGAUGAUGAAGAUCAUGCAGGAUGAUUCCUUUAUACUGGAAGUGGAGGCUGGGAUUUGUGCUGCCAAAAAAGGACUAAUAAAACCCAGUCCUUUAAUCAAAAGUUUGAUCAAAUGAAUGAGGCUUUGCGAGUACAUUGCAAGAAAAGUCAAUCCUAAGAAAUGAAGUAGGCGAACGUGAAGAAGGCUAAAGUGAAGACUUGAAGAUGGUGAUGGCACGAAUCUAAUAAGCUUUGAAACUCAAAUCAAUUAGUGACUUGUGCAGCCUCAACAUCUCAGAAUUAGCUUUUCACUUUGGAUUAUCAUUCAAUACCACCCAACGCCUGUUUACUAAUCAAGGAAAGGCAGCAUCACAACUAAAUCUCCCAAGCAAAACGGUUUUGAUCCGCUUCUCAUCCUCCAUGACUAUCCUGACACCUUCAGAUUCAAGAUAAUUCUUCAGCAACCACUGGGUAAAUAUAACAUGUGGUGUUUAUGAAUCGCUUAUGGCAUCGUUCUCAAUCUUACAUGAACAAUGUGACACAACAAAAAAUCAAUCUUUUCAGAGUGGUCUCCUCUAUUAGUUGCCAAGGAUAAUGCUCUUGGGUAUUGUAUAAGCGUUGAGAUUCCAAUGUUCUUCAUUAUUUUCUUACAUUUUGUAAAAUCUCAUGGUAAUAUAUUGAAGUAGGACUAGAUACGGACACUUGUAUAAUCCAUUUUCCUCUAAUACAAUUUCUGUGGGAAACUUGGUGUAGCAUUAUGUGAUGAAAUGCAAUACAUGACUUGGCUUUUCAUGGUCCUUUACCCGUUUUGCUUAUGGAGCUGAUUGUGUUUUCGACAAACAUAAUGCUACAUCAAGACGGUAACAUUAUGUGAUAUUUCAUAUGAUGUUUUGUUGUGAAAAUCGGAAGUUAUUGUGAAAUGGAUUUGUUGUUAGCAGUGAUAUACUAAACGUGCAUGUAUAUUUACCCUUCUUUAAGAAAGCUACAUUUAAUUC